AUGGCCGACACCGAGAUCCCCAGGCCAGAGGAGCAGACUCCCCAGUCGCCCUUCCAAAAUGUCCGCACCAACGGCCGCGCCUUCAACUCGCCCAACUGGCGGAUGAAGAGCGAGAGCAGCCCGCAAGCUUCGCCCUCGCCACGCACGAACACGUCCCGCACCGCCUUCGCACGACCAGGACCACAUGUGCCGCAGGCCAUCUCGGAGGGCCGCCGGCUCUACGUGGGGAACAUGCCGUACACGGCCAAGUCGGAGGAUGUGGAGGCGCUGUUCACGGCGGCCGAGUAUCUCAUCGAGCGCAUCGACAUUGCCAUUGACCCGUUCACCGGCCGGAACCCGUCCUACUGCUUCGUCGACCUGCAGACCAAGGAGCAUGCGCAGCAGGCCAUGACCGAGCUGGACGGCCGCGACAUGUUGGGCCGCCCCGUCAAGAUUAAGCCCGGCGUGGCCAAGUCUGCCGAGCGCGCCGCCGAGCAACCCCGGUCACCGGUUGCCAUGGGCCGCUGGCGUCCCCAGGAGGGUACCAGCGGUGCCAAGGUCAACAGCGACUCCAGCCAGCGGGUGUACGUGGGCGGCCUGCCCCGGCUGACCGAGGCCGAAAGCGUGGAGAGCAACAUGAGGACUUUCUUCCAGGGAUACAGCGUUGAGAACGUCAGCAAGGUCUUCACCCCACACCCCGCGAAACGAUUCGAGCCCGGCGACCACUACUAUCUGUUUGUAGAUUUCAGCAGCGUUGACGAAGCCCAGCGGGCCAUGGACACGCUCAAUGGCCACCAGGGCCCAUGGGGAGGACCGCUGCGUGUGCAGCGUGCGCGGGGAACGACCAAUAAGCCCGAGGGCAGCUCAACACCGGGCGCGGAGGGUGACGAGCAGGUGUAG